AGAUCCACGCGUGAAUAGCAAACGAAGCGCAAGCAAUGUGGGAUAUUUUGAGUCCUGGUUUUGCAAGAGCGAUCGUCCCACUCGGUGUACUGCAGGCUCACAGACGACAGUGUCUCCACGGAUCGGCAAUAAUAUCCAAGCCACAGACCCACAAUGCCUCGUUUCGUCAGGCAACCCGCCCUCCUGCUGAUCCUGAGUCUGUGCUUCGCCGUCCAGGUCCUAGACGCCGGUGACGUCUUUCGUUUCCGGUCGCGGCAACCAGACUAUCUCCAGCCGGCUGUGCGCACCAGAGUCCGGCGCCAGGCCUUUCAUCAAGGACCACCAACGGUCCCUCCCCCACCACCUCUGCGAGACUGCCCAUGCAGCUCUAAUCCGUGUUUGAAUGGAGGCGUGUGUAUCUCUGAGCCCGGUAGCGUACCUAACACCGUGGACUUCAACUGCAUCUGCCGGGAAAGCUGGAACGGCACUACUUGUGACGUGUGCCUCACUGGAAGCCCGCUUUGCAGCAACUCUUGCCUGACUCAUCGCAACAACGACAUCUGCAACGACGGUGGUGUGGGCUCCUACGACGACAAGUGCCCUGCGGGUACCGACUGCAAGGACUGUUUCUCCCGGUGUAUCUGACUCGAGCCGGAGGGAACUGCAGAUCUCGCGGAGGUCUACCCAGCGCCUCCAUUGGGAAUGAUAACUACACUAUCUUUUUUGUUAACUUAAUUUAGAACUGAACGUGGAGAUGAUUAAGUUAUGAAUGACAGUAUAUUACGAUAUAUACGUUAUAUUACGAUGUGACUUCCAUGGUCCAAUACAUGUAUGAUUGAAUGAAAUUAUUAAUGUUAUUUUUUUGUAAGAUGUCAUUCAGAAAAAGCUUCGCGUCCUUGCAUGAUGUCUCACACUAAUAUUUUUUUCUUAAAAUUGUGGUGAACAGGCGAUCUCGGGAACUGUUAAUAAAACCGCAGAAAUGAAAACUGAA